CCGGGGCCCCGCUGGCUGCUUCCGAGGGCGGCAGGCUUCCGGAGCCGGCCACGGCGCACAUAACAUAUAUAUGAUUACACUGAUAGAGAGAGAUGUAUAUAAAAGGGUACUUAUGCUGACCUCAUAAUGAGAAACGAGCCAGUUCCUGCUUGCAAAGGGAAUGUUUUCUCUGCAGGAGCGCGAUGCUCCGCUGCUGGCUGUGACAGACCCCUGCCGGGUGCGAAGGUGCCCGACCUCCCAAAAAGAAGAGACUGGCCCGGUGGUCCCUGGGCUCUGCACCAAGCUGCUCACCUGCAAGAACAGACCAUGCCCAGGCCCUGCCGAGGCUCCCGUGGCAGCAUGUUAGAUCCUAAGGAGGAGCGCUUUACAGAGAAAUCAGUGCUUGCCCAGGCAACAUUUGUUUUUGAAAAGAAGGACCGUUCUUUGAAGCGGCCUGCAGAAGACCCAGUUUGCAAAGCUGAAAAUGAUUUCAUUAGCUGUUCCAGAAAACGUGCAAGAUCAUCAUCUUUGACUUUCCAGAAGUCUGACUCUCAGUCUAGCACUGAUACAGCUCUCACACAGAAAAGAGGGAGAUCAUCUUCAUUUAACAUCCUUCCAACUUUUCCUCCCUCCCAGACAGUAAAGAAGAAUAACAUAUUCAUGACCUCAGCUCUUCUUCAAAGAAAUCCUGACAUCAUCAAAACUACAAGAGAAGGAUCCUUGUCACCAAGUCAGUUGUGGAAUGUCAUUAGACCUGCCACUUUACAGCCCCCACAAGCCCUGACCUGUCCUGAAAUUCCUGUAGUAUCUCUAUUGACUAAGAAAGAAGCAUGUGUUCAGAUAUCUGAAGACAGCUCUUAUUCAUCAGCUGAGAAUUCAUUAAAUUCCAAAACUGCAGUGGGGUCAUCUAUUACCAUGAAUCUUUCCAGCUCUCAAAAAACACAAAGUCAGUUGCUCAAAGAAAGAAGUGUACAAAACAGCAGCAAUUCUGAUUUUGUGUUUGGGGAAAACAUGGUUGAAAGAGUUUUGAGUCCUGAGAGGCAUCCCAAGUUGUGUAAUGAAGCUGAUUCACACAAAGGAGAAAUAACAUCCAUGUCCACAGGAUCUGCUCAUGUUGGGCCACAAACAAAAAGAGCUCUGUUGAGGAAUGCAACACUACUUGAAUCAGCAGCUGCUUGUAUUUCUAAGCCAGUGGAGAAAAUCCUUUUAGAUAAAGUUGAAGUUAUAACUGGAGAAGAAGCAGAACACAAUGUAUUGCAGAUAAACUGCAAGCUCUUUGUAUUUAAUAAACUUUCUUUAACCUGGACUGAAAGAGGCAGAGGAUCCCUGAGGCUUAAUGACACUUCUAGCAAUAAGCAUGGAAUGUUGCAGUCAAGGCUAAUUAUGCGAAAUCAAGGUAGCUUGAGACUGAUUCUCAACACCCAACUUUGGGAACAAAUGGUUAUAAAAAAAGCAAACAGAAAGAGCCUGUGCUUCACUGCAACAGAUCAAGAGGACCAUUCUGUUCAAGUAUUUCUAACUCAGGCAAGCUCAAAAGACACUGAACACCUGUAUGCAGCAAUACAUCAUCGCCUUGUGGCCUUGCGAAGCUUUGCUGAGCAAGAGCCAGAUGCUCAUCAAGUAGACACAGAGUCAGAAACAGCUUUUCAGCCAUUAAACUGUGAUAGUGAUGAUGAAGAUGAUGAAGAACUAACUCAAGUGAGCAGCACUGGAUCUGAUCAUUCUAGAUGGAACCGCAGGCGGUCUGUUGUCUGCUCAUGAUGUCUGCCAGAGGUUACAACAGCUCAGUUGGGAACUCAUCUUCCCAAAAGGUCUAAGCUGACUCACCAGCCCCUGGAGGGAGGAAAUCAGAUGCAUAUUACUUUAUGACUUUUAAGUAGAGAUUAAUUUUAGAGACAGCUUAAGUUUAAUUCAUUGAGAAAGAACUUCAGGUGCCCUAUUGAGGAUUCCAGGCAACCUACUUUGCACUGAGCUGUGAAUAAUACCAUGGCUUCCGAUAGUCAAGAACUGGUACAAAGACUUCAAUGUUAGAAUUAAAUAUAUUUAGGUACAUUACUAGAGUAAGGAUUUUUAUAGGGAAUAAGUACUUGUUCAUCAUAUUGAUGGAUAAUACCACAUAAGCAUGAACUAAUAAUAUAUGUGAACAGACAUCUGUUACUUUUAAUCUGUUAUUUAAAAGAUGCACUUGGAAAGCUUUAAAUAGGGCUUCACUGAAAACAUUUAUUUAAAUUGUGUGGUAACAUUCAGCAUCCUGUUUGUAAGUACAUACAAGCAAAACCUGGGGUGGCAGUUUAGCAUGAUCAAGGCCUAUAAAAACCAGCCUUCAUACAAGGGGUUUUACUUAAUGUUUAUUUUGAAAAUAUCUGAAGUGGUAUACUGGCUGCAGAAUUUUGUUUAAGGGGAAAGAACCAUGAUCUGCAUCUUUCAGCUGUACACACCAAAAGAAUUUACCAUGAAGAAGUAAAAGCCCAAUCUAAGAGCCAUAUGAGCUUUAAAAUUUGAAGUUUAUCUGCUUGCUCAUGAACACCUUUCUAGCUGAACAAAAUAAGCACCUGCACUUGAGUAUAUUAAUUGUCCAUUUGAUAUACACAAAUAAAUGCAUGUACAGUACAAUGGGAUAUCUACAUUAAAAAAAAAAAAUCCCUUAAAUGUGUGAGAUUAUCUGAGGUACUUCUGCCUUAGUUGUAGCUAUUCCUAACAGCAUCACUCAUAUGAGUAUGUUAUACAUUCUCAUGUGCACAAUAAUUCCAACAGUGGCCACGACAUGGUUGGUCUGUAAAAGUCAUUCCACAGACUACUGCGUUCUACUUAAAUAUUUUUCUGAGAAAAAAAAUCUCCAAUUCUCUCUAAUACCUGUGAACUAAGACUUGCACGGUCAUUCGUAAGCCCAUGCACAGUAAGAUACACCAGUCAUGUUUUCAUUCUGUGAACGAUAGAAUUUGUCUGCAAUCUCUCCACUACCUUCUGUGAUAUCUUCCAUAUUGUUUGUCAACCUCAGAGCUGAAACAAUGUUCUGAAAUAUCUCAAGUCCUUUUAAUUAAGGUAAUUGUUAUGAUUUCUCAAUCUAAAAAAAGCUGCAGCACACCUGAACAGUCAAGUUACAUUUUAGUUUUCCCAUCUGAAAAUGUGUAUGAACUUGGAACAACACUAGGUUCUUCCUGAAUUCUCAGUGCACUGCCAAGAUAAGCAUCCAGAUGAAGCUGAAAUAGUUAUCUGAAUUACACUGAAUCCUCAAUGGCCCACCAAAAUUAGCACUUGUCUGACAUUGAUUUAGCAUCUGGGUGACAGUAAAUUUAAGUGGAACUUGAUUUUUGCCUUCAGGAAUCAGGGAGUGCUUCCCAAUAGAGCACCUGUGUCCAAGAGUGAAGCACAGGGAUUCUCUUUGACUUCAGUCUGCCAACAAAAAUAUUCUUUCCAUAACGAGCUGUAUAUUGUGUCCUUUGUUAUCAGCCUCACUCGUGACCACAGCAAUAUUUACAUCAUAUUACAUAUGACCUUCAUAUUUCAUUGCUGCAACUCAUCCUCAGGGACAAAGCUCCAUGUUAUAAAAACUCAGGCAGUUGUAAAACACAGCAGCCCUAUGUAUUUAGCAACAGGUCAUGGUGAUAAGUUUGCCCUGGAGUUCAGCUGGCUAUGCACUGAAUGCAGAGUUUGAUUUCAAAGUCUGUCCUGAUAAUCAAAGCUUUCUGUGAAACAGUAUUUAAGCACAUGUCAUGAUAGCCCUCUAAAUUCUACUACAGCAGUAAAAUCCUUGGCAAAUGAGGGAGGUUUCCAGAGCAGGGAUAACAGAACUUUUUCAGACACAGGACUUACACUUUGUAAUUUGUUCCCACAGCAUACAGAACAAGGUUUAUAAAUAAAUGCUCUUUGAUCUGCCUCUUCUCAAGAUCCUUACAUGUAUACACAAGUAUACAUAUAAACACACACACUUUUGUGCAUACACACUCAAACACGAAGCUUCAUCUCCUAAAAGCUGAGGAGGAAAAGAGAUGUUUAUUUUAAAGACAUUGGAUACUUUGGUAAUAGAGGAAAAUUUUUUGCUCUGAAGACCCUACUUGUGUUUCUCUGUAGUCUAAUUGCAGUAAAAUUCACUGUUCCUCAAGCCUGAAGGUUCACCAUUAGGUAAUGUAUUAACUGGUUUUAAAAAUGUAGUUUGUCAUUUUAUGACACCUGGAGAGCAAUUUCCAUGCCUCAACAAUAAACAAU